AUGACCAAGCAAAAAACCGACUUGGCCUCGCUAGGAAGAGAAAUGGAUGCACUACGACAAGGCAUUCAAAUGCAAAAACCCACCUCGCAGAACGUCGACCAAUCCGUUAGCAACCACGGGUACAGGAACGAAGAAGAACUAUAUGUAGAGUGGGAUGUUGUGGGAUCAAGUCCGCCCAACGCACCCAGUGUCACCAAUCUGGAGCUAGAAAGUCGAGUAUCAAUGUGCUUGAAGCAAAAGGAAACACCGGUGUAUGGUGGUACUGAAGACGACGACAUCGACGUGAGCCGCAAAGAAGUGGCUCCUGCAAGACUAUAA